AUGAGUAAACAACAAAUAUCGGUCAAUACUGGAAAAAAUCGGCUCGAAACGAGCGCAAAUACAUCAAUAAAUGGUCCAUCAGAUAUCAUACCCGAUAGUUUUUCACCAGACCAAAUAUUACAUAGAAAUUAUGGAUCAUUAGUCGAACACUCUCAAUCAUUUGGGCAAGAGAGUCCACAUGAUGAAAGUGAAUUAAGCAAAAGUCAUGGUCAUAUAAUUGAAGAUCCAACUUCACCUAAUGAUGAACCUUUAUCUUCGCGGAGGGGUGCAAGUUUUUCUUUACGAUUACCAUCACAUUCAAAUACUUUACCAAAUGCUCGUAGAACUGCACGUAGUCAUGGUAAAUAUUCAACCACACCUGGUUCUUAUUCAGCUUCCUUUUCCAGUGAGAGAGUUCCUUGGAAUGCUUUAAGAUAUUAUCAGGAUAAUUUGUCGCCUACUUAUGAUGAGAGUUUUGAAGAUCCUAUUGCAUUAACGUCUCCAAAUUAUGACGAUGGUGUUAGUAUAUCCGGUGUUAGCAUAUCCAGUGUUAUCAUGGAUGAUGGUUCAUUACAAAGAAGGAGAAUUUCUUUAACCUCUGAACCUUCAAGUACACCAUUACUUAAUGGUUACAAUUCGGACUCUGAUUCAGAACGUGUCGAUACGGAUAAACAAUAUGUUGAUGAUAUAAAUUACACGGAUAAAUCUGUACAAUCUGCGAUUGAAUCAUAUCGUGGGACUUUUACAUCACUUCGUGAGAUAUUAAGACAAGCGUCACUUGAGAUACAUAAUGGAAAUAUGCAACAAAAGAUUCAGUUAUAUGAAGAAGUUGUAGAAAGUUUAACUCGAUUAGCACAACAUUUAGGUGGUUUAAGAAGUUGUUGUGGGCUUCAAUGGGAAAUCAUAAAAGACUCUAAAGAUAAGGAUAAAGAUAAAACUUCCAAUAAUAAACCAGGUGAAAAUGAAGAAUCAUGCGAUUUAAAGGUCCUACUAGAACUCAUACGUCAUGUGGGCCCACCCAUGAAAUCUCUUGCGUACACUUGUAAACAAACACUUUUUCAUCUUCAAGAACAAUUUGUUGAAACAGAUAAAUCAUAUGCCAAUAUAAAACCUUCAUUUACAUUACUCAGACAAAAUCUUCAUUCAGCGUUAGAAUUAUUUGAAAAGUCUCAAUCUCGUGCACUCACUAAACUCUAUAAGCAAAGGACAGCAAAAAGUUAUUUCGAUGACAGACCUAAUGAAGAAGUAUUCCUCAUAUACUUUUUUGUAUUCAAUUUACAAGAAUUUACUAGAGAAUUAUCCUAUUUGGUUGAUUUAACUGACAAUAUUUCAAGAAUUGAUGCAAGUGAACAAAAAAGACGAGAAGGAAGGAGAUGGUGGCAAUUUUGGAGAUAUUCUACUUGGUUUUCUCGAAAUACUUUUUAUACUGACAAUGCAAAGAAAUUUCCCGAAAAUACACAUAACCUUUUUGAUACAAUUCAAACACCGAAACCUAAAACCCUUCCACAAAAACUUGCAAUCAAACUUUGGCAAUCAUUCUCUUGGUUUCGACAAUUUGAAGUUAAAUAUGCGGUCAAGGCAGCUGUUAGCGCUGCUAUUUUGGCAAGUCCCGCAUUCAUUGAAUCAACACGAGGUAUAUACGCUAGAUUUCGAGGUGAAUGGGUUUGCAUUACGAUGAUGGUAGUCAUGGUUCCAACAGUAGGUGGUACAAACCUUAUGGGAGUAUAUCGAAUUUUAGGCACAUUAUUAGGAUGUUUUCUCGCAUGGAUAAUUGAUUUACAAUUUUCCGAAGAUCCAUAUAAUAUACGUAAUUCUAAAAGCACUGAAAUUUCAGAAAUAGCUUUAUAUAGAUUUAUAGCAGUAGGUACGGGUGUAGUUUGGGGAGUAUUAGUAACAAGUUAUUGGUGGCCAUAUGAAGCUCGUGUAGAACUCCGAAAAGGGUUAAGUCAAUUAUUUGUUAACAUGGGAUGGUUAUAUAAAAAAUUAGUGGCCAUUUAUUCAGUACCAUCAGAAGUUCAAGAUGAAUCAAAUCCCAAUCAUGUAUCAGUAAUGAUAAAAAAUCGAUUAUCAAUUUCUACCAAAGAAUUUAUGGAGAUGGAAUUAUUCCUUCAAAUUUCGUUAUUAAGAUUACAUAGUUUAUUAGAGCAAACACCUAAUGAGCCACGUAUGAAAGGACCAUUUCCAGUUAGCACAUAUCGUCAGAUAUUAAUAGGAUGUCAAAAUAUUUUGGAUAAAUUGUUAUCAAUGCGAAUAGCUGUAACAAAAGAAGAAUGGUAUUCCAUAGUUAGAAAGGAUUUUAUUGUUCCAAUUGCAGAAGAAAGAAGGGAAUUAGUGGGAAAUGUUUUAUUGUAUUUUUAUGUUCUUGCUGCGGCUCUACGAUUGAAAACACCUUUGCCACCAUAUUUACCACCAGCAGAAAGAGCUCGUAGACAAUUAUUGAAGAAAAUCCGAGAUUUACCUGUGGUUAGGAAACGAGUUGUUGAAGGUAAUGAUGAACAUUAUAUUGUUUAUUACGCUUAUGUCUUGGUUAUGGAAGAUGUUAUUAGAGAAUUGGAAAGUUUGGGUAUUAUUAUGCAAGAAUUAUACGGUUGUAUGGGUGGUGAUGAAUUCAACGCCUUUUUCUUUGGUGGAAAUGAAGAAACGGGUAAUGAACACAUUGGUAAUGGGGGAGGUGUUGGAAGUAAUGGGAAUUUAGUUUCAUCUAGUGAAUAA